AGAGUAGGCAGGACUUGCUGAUGACUCAUGACAGUUUCUUCUUCGUUGGUACUGCCGGGUGGUGAAUCGUCCUCUGGAAAUCACAACAAUGGGCAGUGUUUUGGCUGCCAGCUCCCCUAACCCACCGCCAGUUUCGGCUGGGGCGGUCCCAGGUGGCCCUGGGCUGACUGUGCCUCCUGGGUUCAGUAUGCCCCCAGUGUCACCUGUCCUGCCUGCUGGCAGCUCAGCCUCCGGUCAGCAGGGGGAGUCUGAGCCUCCCCUUCCCAACCCUGGGGCGUUUGAGGAGUGCCACCGCAAGUGCAAAGAGGUUUUCCCCAUGCAGAUGGAGGGUGUACGGCUUAUUGUUAACAAGGGCCUUAGCAAUCACUUCCAGGUGAAUCACACAUUAAUGCUCAGCACCCUGGGAGAGUCCAGCUAUCGCUUCGGGGCCACAUACGUGGGCUCUAAACAGAUGGGCCCCGCUGAGUCUUUCCCGGUCAUGGUAGGAGACAUUGACAACAGCGGGAGCCUCAACGCCCAGGUCAUUCAUCAGGUCUCCGAGAAACUCCGCUCCAAACUCGCCUUUCAGACUCAGCAGCAGAAGUUUAUGAACUGGCAGGGGGAUUUCGAGUUCCGAGGAGAGGAUUUCACUGCUGCCGUUACCAUGGGCAACCCAGACGUCCUUGUAGGCUCUGGUAUUAUAGUAUCACACUACCUCCAGUCCAUAACCCCGUCUCUGGCCCUGGGAGGAGAGCUAGUUUACCACAGAAGACCGGGAGAGGAGGGUGCUGUCAUGUCUCUUGCUGGCAGAUACACAGGCAGUAACUUCAUUGCUACGCUGACAUUAGGAGGAGCAGGGGCACAUGCCUCUUAUUACCACAAAGCCAAUGACCAGUUGCAGGUAGGCGUGGAGUUCGAGGCUAGCACUCGUAUGCAGGAAACCAGCGUUUCAUUCGGUUACCAGCUCGACGUGCCUAAAGCCAAUCUACUCUUCAAAGGUUCUGUAGAUAGUAACUGGGUGGUUGGGGCGACGCUAGAGAAGAAGCUGAUCCCACUGCCCCUCUCCUUAGUCCUGGGAGCCUUCCUUAACCAUCGCAAGAACAAGUUCCAGUGCGGUUUCGGUGUUACCAUUGGCUAGACGCUCUGCACCGGGGGGGGGGGGGGGUCACACCCCCUGUGAGACUUCACAGAAAAGACAGACAAACGUACCCACGGCAGGCAUGUUGAAGGCCCAGGACUCGCUCCUCAGUCUCGUGUUUCCUCAACUUGUCUCCCAAAUCUGACUUUGCAAGCUAUUAGUUUUUUUGGGGGGGUGGGGGGUGGGUCACAUUGCAAUAAUGUGUCAAGACUAUAAUAAUCAAUGGAACAAAAUUAAAUAAAAUUGAGGGCGCAUUCAUCCGUCUGCCAGUUAUAGGACAACGAGGUGACGAGACUGUGACCACAAACAUCAGCGACCAACUUGGCGGACAGCUGAACAGGAGGACGUAAAAACAAGUGGUUCCUGGAAAGUCAAAUUACAGUUAGUGUGUGUUUAAUUUGGUCAGUGCCUGUCCGGUUUAAUCUGUCUUUGUUUUGCCUAUGUUUUAUUCCACACUGUUUUGUACUGUAUGGUUUGUCUUGGCAUGAAGUGAAUGACAAAGUUUGUGCAGUUUCUUCGGUUGGUUCAGUUAUGUGAUGAGAGCCAGGGAGAAUGUCGUGGUUUUCAAGCUGUUUGUCUUUUAUUUGUCAUCUUCUAAUGGUCAAUAUAUAUAUAUUAAACGAUAUAUAUUACCUGUAUAUAUCUAUUGGAAAAAUAAUAAAUGCCAUUUCUUAUAAAAA